AUGAGUCAUUAUAAACUACAUCGGAGUGGUAACAUCCGGGAUACUCUUACGUGUGUAUAUCUACUUGUUUAAAAGUAUUUGCAUUUCAAUUAUUUUAGUUUUAGUUGUACAAAUUUGCAAUACAUUGUUUAUUAUAUCACAUAAGAUAUUUGUACGUUGACUUAUUCCAAACAAAUCGUGCUCGGAUAUGACGACGUUGCUUGUACCUGUUCUAUUUUUAGCAACAAUUGAAAUUACUGGAAGCCAGGAAUUACCAGGGUCACAGUUACAUAAUUUGUUGAAUACACAUAAACCAGUUAUAGAGUUUAGUAAUUCCUCAAUCAAUGCUUCAAGUGGCGAGGUUGUGUUAAAUGCAGGGACUUAUGGAUAUGAGAGAGCAUUUCGACAAGGUGACAGUCUUAAUGUUACAUGUUACAGCAGUCUACCUACAUUAUGGUUUGUUGUUCAAGGAGGAGAAAGAAGUGGUCCGGAUUUUUCACAGCAAGAUGUAUUGGGGGAAAUAAACGUUACGCAUCAAACUUAUUUUGGACGACACGGGCAUUCUUCAAAUUUGUACAUUGAAAAUAUAAAAUAUGAUUACACUGGAUUAUAUGUCUGUACCUUAGCACAGGAUUCUAAAGUGAACAGUAGCAUCUAUAUUUUUGCUAAAGAUUUGGAGAGACCAUUUACAGAUCAUAAUUAUGUUGACAUUCCAAACUACCCAAAUGACCUUGUAUUGUACCUGAAGACAGAAUUUACAAUCCCGUGCCAAACAAGUUUUCCCGACAUAAAUGUUACAUUCCGUUGUCUUUGUGCUGAUCCGAAACCUUUGGGACCAGAACAAGGAGUUGUGUUUGAUCCUAAAAGAGGCGUAAGAAUAGAAACGGUAGAUAAAUCUUUUGAUGGUGUGUUUGCAUGUGAAACAAACGUAAAUGGCAUUACUUACAGCAGAACGUUUACACUUUUGUUAAUAGAUUCAGUUUUCCCAUUUACAUUAAAACCGGCUUUGCAACCAAGUGCAGAUGUACAUAAAUAUAUCGGAGAAGAUUUCUUGAUAUCAUGUUUCGUGGAAGUGCUUGUCGGGAUAAGGCCAGUUAUCACGUGGUUUCACUCUAAUACUGAAGUACAGGAGAGUAAUCGGAUCAGCAUAACGAAAGUUCAUAAAGUUGACAGUGGUUUAAAUGACUUUGAAGAAUUUCGAAGCGAUCUUUUAGUUAGAGGCGUUAUCCCCUCUGAUGACGGUAUCUACAAAUGUACAGCUUGGAAUAGUCCUGAAGACAAAGGGGAAGUUGAUAUCAACUUCUUUGUACAUGAAAGGGCGUUUGUGACGCUUGUGGCUGAGGAAGAAAACAUCACUGUCACAGAGGGACAGAGUCUAAAAUUAAUUUUUCAUAAAAUUUCAACCUACACAAAAAACCCAAAUUUAACUGGGUAA